ACAGGGCAUGGCUCCAGGGUGGUGACUCAAAGCUGCUGCUGCCAUUGUGCUGGCCUUGGCGGUGCAGUAGGGGACUCUAAGGGCACAUCUCGAGGUGCUGCAUGCUCAGCCCGGUGCUGCUGCAGGAACUUGGCUUGGGACACUAGAAGCAGCACGGGCUUCAAAAGGCUUGAAGCACAUUACCACCACACAGGCACGUCUUGUUCUGUGUUCCCACCACAGAUCCUCUGUGCCACAGGAUCUCUCCUUUCUUCCAUCCUCGCUCUCCACUGGGUGGGGAAGAACGCUAUAAGGGAACAGGAGGUUAUUGUGCAGAAGACUCUCAGGCCGGAGCAGGGGGCUCCCUCCUCUAGUGCUGCGGCCGGACUCACCCCUGAACACCCCGCGGGCUGAGCCGCACCCGCGGUUCGGAGCGACCCCCUACAGCGGACAGGGAGCCUCCGCCUCGCCCGGACUAGCGGCCUCCAGGGAGCCAACGGCUGCGCGGGGCGCGGGGAGAGGGACACAGCCGGACAGCGGGGGCUGGACGGAGCUGCUGGGGCGGGAAUCGCCUCUUGUGAGAGUUUUGGCCGGCGCCGGCCCCUGCCCGUAGGCCCGCGCGGCCUCCCACGCCGCGGGCGGGGAGGACCGAGGGCGGCACCGCCCGACGGGCGCAGAACGUGCCGGAGCGGGGCGGGCCGGGGCCGCUGCUCCGCGCCGCGUGGGCGCUGCCUGGUGUGGAGCGGGGCUCGCGGAGCGGAACACGCGGGGCGGAGAUGCGGAGCGGGGCGGUCGGAUUUGAGUCAACUGCUUGGUCAGGAUGAGCUGGAGUUUCCUGACGCGGCUCCUGGAGGAGAUCAACAACCACUCAACCUUCGUGGGCAAGAUCUGGCUGACCGUCCUCAUUGUCUUCCGCAUCGUGCUGACGGCCGUGGGGGGAGAGUCCAUCUACUACGACGAGCAGAGCAAGUUUGUCUGCAACACGCAGCAGCCGGGCUGUGAGAACGUCUGCUACGACGCCUUUGCGCCCCUGUCCCACGUCCGCUUCUGGAUCUUCCAGAUCAUCAUGGUGGCGACGCCGUCGGUGCUCUACCUGGGCUUUGCCAUGCACCGCAUCGCUCGCAUGCCUGAGUCCUCACGGCGCCGGCCACCGUCAGCCCGGCGGGCACGCAUGCCAGUGGUGCGCCGGGGAGCCGGGCGAGACUAUGAGGAGGCAGAAGAUGACAAUGAAGAAGACCCCAUGAUCUUUGAGGAGAUCGAGGUGGAGAAGGAGAAGAGCCCAGAGGGUGGAGAGAAGCAUGAUGGCCGGCGCCGUAUCAAGCAGGACGGGCUGAUGCGUGCCUAUGUCCUACACUUGCUGUGCCGCUCAGUGCUGGAGAUGGUUUUCCUCUUUGGGCAGUACCUGCUGUACCGCUUUGAGGUGAGCCCCUCCUAUGUCUGCAGCCGCAGCCCCUGCCCACACACUGUCGACUGCUUUGUCUCCCGCCCCACUGAGAAGACCAUCUUCCUCCUCAUCAUGUAUGCAGUCAGCGGGCUCUGCCUCUUCCUCAACCUCUGCGAGCUCUUGCAUCUUGGUGUGGGGCGCAUCCGUGAUGCCCUGAGCCAGGCCGAUGGCUCCCCGCUCCCAACUGGCGACAGUCCUGCACCACAAUACCCCAAGAAAGCCCCCAGCGCCCCCCCCACCUACCACUCCCUGAAGAAGGAGCUGCCACAAGCCCCACUGACCAACAGCAAGCUGGACUACCGGGAGAGCCUGGCCCAGGGGCGCUUUGCCCUGGCUGCAGCUCCCCCGGUGCACAAGCUGGACCGGCUGCGUGAGCAUCUGCGUCUGGCCCAGGAGCACCUGGAGGUGGCCUUCCACCUCCAGCCCCCGCCACGGCCCCCCAGUCCUGCCCGCAGCAGCAGUCCCGAGGCCAACGGCAUCGCCGCCGAGCAGAACCGCCUCAACCUCGCCCAUGAGAAGGGGACCACUGCCUGUGACAGGACCACGGGGCUGUGAGUGUCGCCAGGAACGACAGUGGUGUCUGCUGGAGUGGCUGCCACUGCCACCGUGGGAUCGGCAUCCUGCCAGGAGCACAGGGCAAAGGAUGCCACACGCCUGCCCAGCAGGGCAGUCUGGGCAGCCCUGUCCCGGUGGGCAGCAGAGGGGUCGGGGGCCAUGGGUUUCAUUCCUACUUAAUUUUCAGAAAGGGAAUAUCUUAUUUUUGUACGUUUUUAUAAACUCAUCAACAUGUGCACCCUGGCAUUUUUAUACUCCAUCCCAAUCUCCACUCUGGGCCUGUACCCCCCAUCUCCUGUUUCACCCACUUUUCCUCCUCUCACACCCAUUUUCCCCAGCAUGUUGUCCUCACACCUCCCUGUGCCCCCCAUGCCCUCUACCACCCACAGCAGCACUGGCUGGUGCUCUGCAUGUGUUCCACCCACAGCAGCACCGGCUGGUGCUCUGCAUGUGCUGGUGAUUUUGGUACUGCCCCCUGAGUUGUGGGUGACUUAGGGGAGCAGGCUGGGGGUCUGGCUGGCCAGGCCAAGCUGUGGGACAGAGUGCUGGGCUGGCAUUACUCUUGGAGGGGGUGGGAGGGGUCCUGGUGGCAUUGCACUGCCACAAAAUGACUUUGUGGCCGGGGGUGGGGGGGUGGGGGGGCGGUGCUGCGCAGCAUCCUGGCAUGGGGCUGUGAGUUGCAGGGCUGGCCUGCUUGGAAAUGUCUGUGCAGAGGUCGGGGGCUGUCUUCCCACUGCCUCCGCCCUGUCCUGGCAGGCCGCCCUUGGACCAAAACUUGUCUCCUCCCACUCUGGCUGCAGGGCUGGGACCCCCCUGCACAGAGCCAGACCCUGGCCUCACAGUGUGGGGACGUGAUGCCCCGAGCUGGGCUCGGCCUGGAGCCAGUGGAGCAUUCCUCAUCAUCUCAGCCUGGGUCACAUGGGGACUUUUGUAGCAUUGUUUUUUACUCGGAAAUGAUUGUCACUCUGUUUUUCUGGUUUUUUUUAAUAUCUAUAUUAGUAAAGGCUGAAGACGUUUUGUACUGAA